GAGGCGGGCGGCCGAACGGGAGGCGGCCUGGCGAGCGGGGCCGGCGGGGCCGGGCCCGGAGGCGGCGGUGAUGGAACUCAGGAUGAAGCGACGAACCUCCGAUAGAGGCGGUGGGGAAACAUCCACCAAGGUCCUCUGCCCAGGGAUUUCCAGCAGUAACACAAAAAGAGCCGGGCCGUUCAUUCUUGGCCCACGUUUGGGCAACUCCCCAGUGCCUAGCAUUGUGCAGUGCUUGGCAAGAAAGGAUGGGACAGAUGACUUCUAUCAGCUGAAGAUCCUCACCUUGGAGGACAAGAAGGACCAUGGCACAGAAACCCAAGAGGAACGUCAGGGCAAAAUGCUGCUGCAUACCGAGUUCUCCCUCCUCUCCCUCCUGCACAAUCAGGAUGGGGUGGUCCAUCAUCAUGGCCUUUUCCAGGACCGAACCUGCGAGCUGGUGGAAGAUCUGGAGUCCAGUCGGAUGGUCCGAAAAAUGAAGAAACGUAUUUGUUUAGUGUUGGACUGCCUCUGUGCCCAUGACUUCAGUGACAAGACGGCUGAUCUCAUCAAUCUCCAGCACUACGUCAUCAAAGAGAAGCGGCUCAGUGAACGAGAGACCGUUGUCAUCUUCUAUGAUGUUGUACGGGUGGUGGAAGCCUUGCACAAGAAGAACAUUGUGCACAGAGACUUGAAACUGGGGAACAUGGUGCUAAACAAAAGGACCCACCGAAUUACGAUCACCAACUUCUGUCUUGGGAAGCAUUUGGUGAGUGAGGAUGACCUGCUGAAGGACCAGCGAGGCAGCCCUGCCUACAUUAGUCCUGAUGUCCUCAGUGGUCGGCCAUACCGUGGCAAGCCCAGUGACAUGUGGGCGCUGGGAGUAGUCCUCUUCACCAUGCUCUACGGACAGUUCCCCUUCUACGACAGCAUCCCUCAGGAGCUCUUCCGCAAGAUCAAGGCUGCCGAGUACACCAUCCCAGAGGACGGGCGGGUGUCCGAAAACACUGUCUGUUUGAUCCGGAAGCUGCUGGUCUUGGACCCUCAACAGCGCCUGGCGGCUUCGGAAGUGCUUGAAUCCCUCAGCUCCAUAAUUACAUCCUGGCAGUCCAUGUCCUCCCUCAGUGGGCCCUUGCAGGUGGUGCCCGAUGUUGACGAUCAGGUGGUCAACCCAGAACAUGCGCAUGAGGCAAAGGUGAGCGAGGAGUGUUCCCAGUACGAGUUUGAGAAUUACAUGAGGCAGCAGCUCUUGCUAGCGGAGGAGAAGAACACGCUCCAUGAGGCAAAGCACUUCCUGCAGAAGCGGCAGUUUGGCAGCAUCCCUCCAGUGAGACGCCUUGGCCAUGAUGCCCAACCCAUGAAUGCCCUGGACGCUGCCGUCCUCGCACAGCGCUACCUUCGGAAGUAGCUCCUACAGGAGGCAGGAGUCGCGCUCCACCUGCCCUGCCUGGCACAAGAGUCGGGGCCGGGCCUGGGUGCCAAGCGAUGUAGCAGUCUUCCCUGCGUAACGAGGGGUCUUGCUUGCCAGGGUUCCCCAAGAGGACAAGUGAAAGACCCCUGGCUGGGACCAACACCUGUGGAUUUGAACUCCCGUCCUAGAGAGUAGCAGCCUGCUUUUACUUCUAAAAUCUACCUCUCUGCCUUUUUUAACCACACUGUUCUCCAGACUGAAAUGUAGAGCAGUUUUGGCAAAGGUUGUCCCAGCAGGCUCCUUUCCUCACACAAACUCUGGAAAGCAGGUGGACUGCAUUUUGCUCCAUACGGUUUGAAUAAGCUUCAUUGUUUUUUUUCCCAUUGUCCAUCAUCCUGGGUUUCAAAAAGAUGACUCCUUCUUAAACCUAUUUCUGUUCAAUACCCUGGGUUCUGUUUUCAGUUUAAGCCCCAGGUUGAAUUAAUUUGUGCAGGCAUUAAUUUUGCACACCACAGCCUUGCAAAACGCUUGUUGAACUGAGAAAAUUUGCUCGCAGAUUCCAGCUGGGGGAAGUUUCAGCCCAGCGCUGUUUAAAAUGUAGCUUUUCUGGAGACCAAAGUCUCCACGCCACUGAAUUAUUUUGGAUCUCCUGGGUGUUCUGUUUUGGGUUUGAUUUUUUUUUAAUGAUAGCUUUUGAAAAAUGCAGUAAUGUUGCAUUAAUUCUGUUUUAUCUCUUGCCCCAUUAACUACGGAGGCAUGUUUGAAGGGAUAACUUUUUGAUAAUGUGAAAGGGGGAGUUGUCCCUUCCCUCUUCCUUCUAUUCCAUCCCCCCACUUACAGACCUCACCUCAAUCCCUGUCCCCCCCAUGUGCUCUUGGCACGCUCUCACCAUUGUCUCUGGUCACAGCACUUGCCUGUAUGCACAGGUUGGGGGGGGGGGUUGUCCCUUGCUCCAAGCUACGAUGGGGCUGUGUGAGGCUUGAGCCAUGGGGUAUUUUGGGACUGGAUGCCUUUCUUGCCAGAUAAGUCAUGCGCAGCAUCCUGGGGAGAUGAUUCUGUCGCAGAGUCUCCUGUUUCCUUUUCUCUUCCAUCAUCAAUUCAUUUUCCAGCAAUGUUGGCUGUCCUUUGGAAGACCUGGAUGCUGGUAGCCUGGAGCAAUCCCGUCAGACAGUGCUUGACAUGACAUCUUCCCUGGAGGGGAGGGAUUGAGCAAAGAAACCCUUCGGAAGCCAUUUCCCCAAGGUGAGCAUUCUCGUGAUUGAAGUAGUACAAGCAGAUUUCUGACUGGUGCACAGGAGAAAAAAUACAGUUCCAACCAGGUCUAAAAAUCUGUUGAAAUCCAGGUGAGGCUUAGCCUUUCCUUUGGAACCGCUCCACAGGAGGUGGGUGCAGAUGGUCGGUCUCUGGAAAAUAGCAGAGGAGCCUGCUUCAAGAGCUAGGUAACCCCCACCCCACCUUCUCUCUUUGCGGCUGUAGAAUCCAGGCCAGCAAGCAGGGUCCUUUCCCAGCAGCUUUGCCCAAGGAUGGCAGCAGAGGUUGGGGCAGCAGCAGCAGCUCUUGUUGGCUGAAGUGGAAAGUUGUGCACUUCGCCUUGGAGCUGCUUUUCCACAGCCUUCCAGGGAGCUGCCUUCUCAUCUCCUGGGGAGCCCUGUUGCAAGGGAGCCUUGAGGAUGAUUCCCAAGACUGAGAGAGGAGGCGCUUCUGGUGUAAAUGUGGGAGACAUACAGACAUAGUCCCUGCGCUCUGCAGGGAUGUGCGCUCAGGAAGGAGCCCUUGGGGGCCUCACCUGCAGCACAGUUUCCCGGCCUGCUUUAAGUUCCACCCCUGGUUUACAUCUUCCUAUAGAAAGGUUGCAAGCAGAAGCUACCUGGGGAAGGAGCAGCUUUCUGCCCUCCAGAAGGACUGAUCAGGCUCUUCCCAGGAGAGGAGCAGGAGGCUAUACCAGCGGAGUCAUCUCCCAAAUCCUUGGAAUGCUAACUUAUUCCUUCAUAGCUCUGUCCUCUUCCCACUUUUAAUUUCUUUACCCUUCCCCAAGAUAGUUAAUAAUAUGUCUGAAUGACCUGGUCCUUCUCCCACCCUUGACAAAAAUAGCAAUACUCCAUGGAGUUGAGUGUUGGGAGUUCCACCAUCUUUUGCAAUAAAAAGCUGACUGGAAAGGGAGCCUGGGGUGGGGUGUGGGCCUAGAAAGGGAUGUUGUGAGUGCUGGGUUGGCUUGGGGAGAUGUCAUGUUGGGUGAGAUACCACAGACAAAAUCCCUCUUGUAAAAAACUUGCAAAGAACGUUUGUAUAGAGACCUAUUUUUGUAUUACACUCACCUAAUCCAGCAUGCCAGCAAUAAAAUUUCAUAAUAUAGAAUUCAUGCACUCAGAAGUCGAUUAUUUCAACAGUUCCUCUACCCCACCCCUUCCAGGAUGGGAUACGGAAAACUCAGAGUUCUUUUGUAAGAGCUUUUUACUCAUCUCUUUUGACAGCUGUUUCUGUCUGUAUCUCUGGGGAAGUGUAGAUGGCAACACCUCCUAUCUCGAAAGCUUCAGCUGGGGCAGGCAACACCCUUGCCUUGCCUAAAUGCAAGCAGAUCAUUCUGGAAUAUCUGGGCACAGAAAACGUUCUCCAGUUAUGAAGAUCAGUGUUGAAUGGCAGUAAAAACACCAGAGAAGUUCUCAUUCAGGGACCUGGCUAUGUUUCAUCGUUGUAGAAUGGGGUCACCCAUCAGUAUGGUAUCUGGUAUCAUCAGGAUGUUGAUGGCACCCAAUUAUAUAUCUCCACCCCUAGCCAGACAUUGGCUGCUGUGGCGAUGCUGGCCAACUGCUUGCAGGCUGUCAAGGAGGAACCUUGGCAAAGGGAGAGGCUUUGUGGGGGGGCUUGUGCUUGAGGCAGGUGGCAGCCAUGGUUUGGGGUGGGGCUGGGCUUUGCUUUGUACAGAUUCAUCUGGUGCACCCAAAUACGCCCUUUCCUGGACCAGUAGACCUGGCUCAUGGCCAAUUGUCUCCUGGUCACAUCCCAUUUACUUCAAUGCACUCUACAUGGGGCUGCCCUUGGAGACUGUCCAAAAGUUGCUGCCGGUUCAAACACAGUGAUGUGCCCAGUAAUUAGUUCCCCACAGUUUGCCUCUGUAACACCCAUCACAAGAGCUGAACUGGCUUGUAGGGUCUUUCCAGGUGCAAUUCAAAGGUGCUGCUCAUCGCCUUUAAAGCCCUAAAUAGGUCAGGGACAGGUUAUCUGCCCCUCCCUAAGGACAUCUAUUUAUCCUAUCAGGUUAGAUAGGGUGGGUGCACAUAGGGUCUUAGUCCUUGCCCUUAAAUAUUGCCAUCUUAUGGGAGCAAGGAAACCUGCAUUUUCCAUAGCAGCUCCUGCUCCAUGGAGCGCUCUUUCCCCCUGCACUUUGGCAGGCCUUAACCUUCCAAAAAGCACUGAUGCCCCAGCUUUUCUCCCAAGUGCUGAAAUAGAAUGAGGUGGCUACGUGUUGGAAGCUUAAUUUAAUGCCAGGUUUUUUUGUUUUGUGUAUGCCUUUUAAUAGUUAAUUUAUUUAAACUUGCAUGCCGCCCAUUUUGCCAUCUCUGUCUCCCAUUCCAUUAAAACAGACCAUAAAACAUUAAAUAGGGGGUCAUAAAUUUAAAAUUCAAUUAAAAUAAAAGUAAGCAGGAUAGAGACGAUUCCAAGGGCACACAGGAAGGAGGUGGGGUGUUGCCUCCUUCAUUAGCCACCUCUAAAGGGCCACAAUCCCCUUCAGGGCCCCAGGCUGAUUGGCACAGUCCUAUCUUCAAGAGGAUGGCAGCAGAUCUGACCUUGGGGGAGCACGAUGUCCCAGAGGGCAAGAGUUCGAGCAGAAAAGGUUCUUCCCCUGAAUCCCACCAGCCAGAAUUGCUUGACUGGCAGGGUCUGCAGCAUGCCUCUUCUGCUGGCACAGGUGGGGCAGGGCAAUCCCAUUGGGCCGAGAUGGUUCCUCGGAUAACCUGCUUCCAUGCCACAAAGGGCUAUAAAAGUGAUAACCAACACCUUAAAUUGGAUUCAAAAGCAAACUGGCCACCAGUGCAUCUUGCACAAUAGCAGUUUAACAUAGGCUGCCCUCGGGAUGCCAGGAACUGUCCAUGGGGCUGCAUUCUGCACCAGCUGAAGCUUCCAGAUACUCUUCAAUGAUAGCCUCAUCUACAGCACAUUGCAAUAGUCCAGAAGGGAGAUGACCAGUGGUGGGUUCCUACCGGUUCGGACUGGUUCAGCGAAACCAGUAGUGGUUUCGCGGCCUGGGUCUCUGGAACUGGAUGUUCUGGAUGCGUGAGAAAGCUAAAAAGUAUUGGAAAAAGAUUAAAAAUUGGCUAGAAUCAAUAACAGGAGUCAAAAUUGAUUGGAUACCAGAUGUAUUUUUACCGAUUUGAAACUGCUAUUAGAGGGAACAGGACGUUCCAAUGUAUUGUGUAAAAGUAGUGUACGUCUAAGUUCUGUGUGUGUUUUGUAUGUUUGUAAAUAAUUUUUUUUAAAAAAAUAAAGUCCUGGAGCCAGAAGCUCCACAAACUCA